AUGACGGGGGUGCUGGUAACUGUGCCAGAGCAUGGCAUGGGGCCUGGUGGUAUAACUUCUGUUACCAAGCCAACCUUAAUGGAAAAAAAAAUAUACAGUGACUGUUCAGAGAUUUUAAAAAGAAACCCCAGUAGGAAAGGACAAGAUGGCGUGUGUGUUAUUUACCCUGACACUCGAAGAGAGGUCUAUUGUGACAUGACGACAGAAGAAGGAGGAUGGACGGUCAUUCAGAAACGACAGGAUGGUGACGUCGAUUUUUACAGGACAUGGAUUGAGUAUAAAGAAGGAUUUGGGAAUGCCACGAAGAAUUAUUGGAUAGGAAAUGAUGCAAUCUACACCUUAACAAAGGAUAAAAACCAAGAACUCCGAAUUGAUCUCCAGAGGCAUAACGGAAACAAGGCCUACGCUGUGUAUUCUACAUUUUACAUCGGAGAUGAAGACAAUAAAUAUAGACUGACAGUGGCAGGAUACAGCGGAACAGCGGGAGACAGUUUGGCUCAUCACAAUGGUAUGAAAUUUACUACUAAAGACCAGGACAAUGAUGGGGGCGUUGGUAACUGUGCUAUAAGAUGGCACGGGGCCUGGUGGUACAAAUACUGUCACAUCGCCAACCUUAACGGACAGUAUGCACAGUCCACAUCGUCUGGUUAUGAAUACAUGGUAUGGAGAAAAUGGAAAGACUCUGAGGCAUUAAAACGGUCUCAGAUGAUGAUCAGGUCAAAAUAA